AUGCUCAAACCAUUAGCUUCUGACACCAAUUCCACUGUUUCAACAACAACCUGCUUACCUUCAACUACCGCUACCACUAUUGAAUACUCUGUCGCUGGGUCAGCAACCACAUUUUCCAGUACCUCGACAAGUGAUACUCCAGUAUUAUGCCCUCCCGAUACUUGCGAAAAGUUGAGCUCUAUGAGAACAAGCCUUCUGGGUAGUGCUAGCAUGGGAGUGGCGGCCAUGAUUGAGCAUUAUGAGUCGAUCCCAACGGAUAUUACCACUAUUCUACCAGCCGAGGGUUGUGAGAUUGCUACAACUAGUGGAGCUGCAAGUCCGACACGGCCUGUCUCCAAGACAACUCUCUCUAGCAGCCAAGAUGAGAAAAUGAUGAUCAGUUCGUUGAUUGCAUAUGCUUCCCAGGACGCUUCUCCUCCUUACAGCAGCUAUGUCAAGAGCUUGGCGCCAAUUUGGAUUGACCAGCCUGGACCAGUGUCUGCACAAUGGUUUAACUAUCCAUCAAUUGGUCACUCGGCUGUAGGAGUAAAGGGCAUUUACGGAUGUACAGUGGUGAUUAUAGCAUCCGAAAAGGGUGUGUACCUUUCGCACAUUUGGGAAAGCCCUGUGUUCGUUGACCUAGCUUUCAAUCCAACCGACGACGACUCGUUCACGAUGAAUGCAUCCAAGUCCCUCCGAGAUGGGACAUUAUAUGCACAAUCUAUAACUGCUCUGAUUGGGACCGACCAUAACCCCGGCGUCUUGAAUGCAAUCUACGCGCCCAAAGUCUUCGUCCUCACACCCUUCACUACAGAUUGGGACCGACAGUACUUUGGCAUUUCCACCAAAUUCAGAUAUCAAAAACGUGCCCAAGAGCUCGCACAAAAGAUAGCAAAUAUUGUUCCUGGUUCCGGUGGGAAUGGAAUAAUCUUGGGCUAUACACGUACGAGUCGACAGGCAUCAAGCCAGGAGCAAGGUAUUGCAGGAAGAACUAUCUUGGAGAUAGACCCUUCUUACACAAGACUCACUUCAAUCCACGACUCGAGUUCUGCGGGCCUGCAAAUUGGUCGUUGGCGUCUGUGGGUAGAGGAUCAGUUGAUUACUUAUCAAGACUUUUGGCUUCCUCAUAUCACAGCUCCUAGGGACACUUCCCGAUAUGCCAUUGGCCAAGAGACGUUGGUCAUGCCAACCCGUGUAGGAGCUACCCUUAGGUAUUGCUGA